AGAAGGAGAAAAAACAAAUACAUAUAUAUAUAUAUAGUUUGCAAAAUCUUUUCAUUCCGAAAAAAUGUCUAAUAAUUUACAUGUUGCUGUUCUUGCAUUUCCAUUUGCAACACAUGCUGGUCUUUUACUAGGACUUAUACAAAGGCUAUCAAAUUCAUUACCAAAUGUUACAUUUACAUUUUUCAAUACUAAAAGAUCAAAUUCUUCAAUAUUUACACAAGAUAAUAAUACAAAUAUUAAGCCAUUUGAUAUCCCUGAUGGGAAACCUGAGAGUCAUGUACAUGGAGGUGGAGAUGAAGGUGGACUCGAAGAUAUUAUAGGUUUAUUCUUCAAAUCCGCGAAAAAUAAUGUGACAAAUGCCAUCGCGACUGCUGAGAAUGACUCAGGGAAGAAGAUUACGUGUGUCAUAGCUGACGCGUUUAUGUGGUUUUCGAGUGAGAUCACCGAGGAACUAGGAAUUAGUUGGAUUCCAGUAUGGACUUCCGCGGCAGGAUCACUCUCUGUGCAUGUUCAUACCGAUCUUAUUAGAGAAAACGUUGGGACCCAAGGAAUUGAUGGACGCGAAGAUGAAAUUUUGAAAUUUAUUCCGGGUUUUUUCGAAGUAAGACUUGGCGAUUUACCUGGAGGAGUUGUCGUAGGAGAUCUGAAAACGUCAUUUUCUAUGAUGCUUCACAAAAUGGGCCAAACAAUAGGUAAAGGAACAGCCAUACCAAUAAAUUCAUUUGAAGAAUUGGACCCUCCAAUUGUCCAAAAUCUGAAAUCCAAAUUCAAAAAUUUUCUCAAUAUUGGACCAUUUAAUUUAACUUCACCAACACCAUUAGCAAAUGUGGUUGACAAAGAUGGUUGUAUUGAAUGGUUAGACAAACAAAAAACUAAUUCUGUGGCAUAUAUUGGAUUUGGCACUGUAGCAACACCACCACCUAAUGAGUUAAAAGCAAUGGCUGAAGCACUUGAAGAGAAAAAAAUACCAUUUCUAUGGUCAAUUAAAGAGAAAUUUAUUGCAAAUUUUCCAAAUGGAUUCUUGGAAAAAACAAAAAUGUUUGGUAAAGUUGUGUCAUGGGCACCACAAGUACAAGUUCUUGAACAUAAAGCGAUCGGCGUUUUUAUAAAUCACUCAGGAUGGAAUUCGGUUCUGGAGAGCAUAGCUUCUGGCGUGCCUAUAAUAUGUAGGCCGUUUUUCGGAGAUCAUCAUUUGAAUUCUUGGAUGGUUGAGAAAGUUUGGAAAAUUGGUGUGAAAAUUGAAGGUGGGGUUUUUACUAAAAGUGGUACAAUUGUUGCACUUGAUUUGGUUUUGUCUAAAAAUAAAGAAGAAUUUAAGAAACAAAUUGGAAUGUACAAAGAAUUAGUUCACAAUGCUGUUGGACCAAAUGGAAGUUCAACGCAAAAUUUCAAGAAAUUGGUUGAGAUUAUCACCUCUUGUUAGUUAAAUUUGUAGUAAAUCAAUGAGAUAAACAUUCAGUAGCCCCGAAUUAUGGUCAAAAUUGCUACGACGACACACUCCAACUUCACAGGGGCCGUAUUAUCUCCUGAAUUCAAUUUUAACGUAUUUUUGUCACCCCUUUAUGCUGGCGUGACACUUUUAUUAUAUAAAAUGGGGUUCACAUCAAAGGUGCUGCAUCAGCUAAAAAGAUUGACAAAAGGUGUCACGUUAACUAAAAAAGAUGACAAAAAUAUGCUAAAAUGUAGUUCAGGGGUAAUACAACUCCCGUGAAGUUGAACCGAGUGCAAAUAUAGUCGUAGUUCAGAAGCACAAGAUGCUUUACUCUAAAUUAAUUAAAUCCAUGUUAAUUUUGUCAUUAAUUAUCUUGAGUUGAUCCUCAAUGCUAGUCCAUGUAACACUUCUAAUCAAAUUGUCACUCAAGAUUUUCUUGUUAUACAAAGGGAAUUCAAUGAUUUAUUUCUAUUUAUAUUUGUAACA